CUGUGUGGGAGGCAAGUCCGCUACAUGAGUACAAUGUCUCCCGAAUGCCAUGCGCUAUGAGUUUCGCCCGCGAAAAUACGUUUUUCGCGUUGGACUAGUGAUGUGUGCGUGAAUGGACCACGUGAUUUUGACAGCCGAAAAAGCCGGUCGUUAACGGGUGUCAACUGGGAGUGUUAUUGAUAACAAUUUUGAGUGAUUCAACAGGCUUUUGAAGAUGAUAUAAGAUCAAAGGAGCCACACCAGAAUGGUUAUAAAAUAUUACUCCGCGCAAUUUCCGCCGGCUAUGGAGUGUUUUCGAUAUCAUUGUCUUUUGAUACUACUGUUUGCAAGUCUAUGUUCUGCAAAUGAUGGAUUCACUAGCCUUUCCAAAUUUCAAUACGAUAUUCUCGAAUACGACCUACUCCACGCCAUCGCUGUGCCGUUCAGGAAUCCUAAAACUCAAUACUUCGACGAAGGCCUCGACGGUUUCCCCGCAUACGGUCUCAAGCCUGGUUCCGACAUAAAAUCCCCAUACCGACUCUUCAUGCCCGAAAAACUUUACCCCGAAUUCUCAAUAACAGCCACAGUGCGCCCCGCAAACAAAGAUGGCGGCUUUCUCUUCUCCGUUGUAAAUCCCUUAGAAACGGUCGUCCAAUUGGGCGUAAAACUGAUCCCAUCAGGGCCGGGGUUGACGAAUAUAUCACUGUUAUAUACAGAUGCAAAUAUCUACGCAUUGUCUCAAACGAUAGCAUCAUUCGUGGUGCCUUCGUUCGCCAAAAAAUGGACGCGUUUCGGUUUGAGAGUCACCACUGAUAAUGUUACUCUGUACCUGAACUGCCACGAGUUUAAUACUGUUACUGUGAAAAGAGAACCAUUGGAAUUGGUAUUCGAUUCGGCUUCGACACUGUAUGUGGGACAGGCCGGGCCAUUGAUCGGUGGAGCUUUUCACGGCGCGUAUCAAGAGCUCAAGUUGUUUGAAUCUCCGUCACAGGCCGCGGUGCAGUGUGUCAACACCUUUAAGGAUUUCGGUAGCGGCAACGAAUAUGACGAGAUUGACAUAGACAAUUUCUUGGUGGAUCAGGAAGAUGGAGACGCAGAAGGUUCUGGACGCUACGGGACCAUCCCCCCUUUCCCACCACCCCCUCCGGGACUCGACGGUUACCCUAUGAGACUUCGAGGCGAAAAGGGAGAACGCGGACCGAGGGGCCCACCUGGAGAGUCAAUACGUGGACCACCAGGUCCGCCAGGUCCGCCCGGUGUGCCGGGAACUCCGGGCACCAGUUUAGCAGAAAUAUCCGGAUCUGGUGACGAUCAAAUUUUUGGAGAGAACUACUCGUCGCUUGGACAAUGCGGUUGUAACUCCAGCACCAUCCUGGCUCUCCUUCAGACUGCUCCAGAGCUGAAGGGUCCACCUGGUCCCCCAGGACUGGCAGGAGCCGAUGGAAGAGCAGGCACGCCUGGUAUAACUGGACAAUCGGGACCUCCAGGUGAACGUGGUCCCGUAGGGCCACGGGGUGAAAAAGGAGAACGAGGUGAUUUGGGUCCACGGGGGCCCGAAGGGCCAAUAGGGCCUAAAGGCGAAGCAGGAGUGGAUGGAAGACCGGGCAUACCGGGACCGCCAGGCCCCCCCGGACCACCAGGGACUUCGGAAUAUCAACACUUCGAUGACCACUUGGGAUACGGUGAACAUUUAGGCCGUCCUGGUGCACCGGGGCCAAAAGGCGACGCAGGACAACCAGGUCCCAUUGGACCACAGGGUGAAAGGGGCUUCCCGGGUCAUAAAGGAGACAGAGGACAACCUGGUGCAGCUGGUUCAAAAGGAGAACGUGGUCAUGCAGGUCCCCAAGGAGAUCGGGGAUUAAAAGGUGAACCUGGUCGUCCAGGCCUUGAUGGGCGCCCGGGCAUACCUGGAGCCAAUGGACGACCAGCUGAAAAGGGUGAAAAAGGUGAACGUGGCUUGCCGGGUCCUCCAGGUCCACCAGUUCUGGUUUCUGAAGAUCCUGAAUUUGCAUCCGGUUAUGGUUCUGGACUUGGCACAGGUCGUGCAAGUGAAAUAGGCGCUAAAGGCGAGCCUGGAGAAAAGGGUGAAAAAGGCAGUAGAGGAAAUGACGGACUCGCAGGAUUUCCUGGUAAAGAUGGAAAGCCAGGUGACAGAGGCGACAUCGGACCAUCAGGCAUGCCUGGCAUGUCAGGGCCACCUGGACCCCCGGGCCUAAAAGGCGAAAGGGGUGAAAGGGGACCUCCUGGACCAGUCAGUAUAAGUGGCGCAGGAGCUGAUGUUAUUACAAUUAAGGGCGAUAAAGGAGAACCAGGUCCUAGAGGUAGACGAGGACGUCCAGGCCCAGCUGGGCCCAGGGGUCUACAGGGAUUACCAGGUAUACCCGGGGCACCAGGUCGUCCCGGGGAAAAGGGCGAAAGUGGAUCGUCAGGUUGGAUGGGAAAGCCUGGUACUCUAGGCCCGCCUGGCAUACCAGGGCCAGUGGGACCCAAAGGCGAGAAAGGAGAUCCAGGCAUCAAUAUUUUAGAUGCAUCUAUGUUCAAGGGAGAAAAAGGGGAUCCAGGGUUAGAUGGUCUUCCCGGACCUCCGGGUGCGGACGGCGCUCCUGGACCCCCAGGUCCCCCUGGGGUAGUAUCGGAACCGGUUCGUUAUCUUCCCGGACCACCAGGCCCACCCGGUCCUCCAGGGCCACCAGGCCUGUCCAUAGUGGGUCCAAAAGGCGAACCCGGAGUUAAUUAUUACGAUGAACAUCCAGUUCAUGGAAACACCAAGUAUUAUGGAAGACCAGGCGCCUUUUCAUCGUCACCAAUCCAUUCUGACGAAUCAACGCCAGAGAAGAAAUUGCCAUCAGCUGCUGUUUUCCAUACUACUACAGAAAUGAUGAAGUCUGCAGCAUCAAGUCCUGUUGGCACUUUGGCGUACAUAGUAGAAGAACAAGCUUUGGUGGUCAAAGUCAACUCUGGCUGGCAGUAUGUUUUGCUGGGAUCAUUAGUGACACAUCCGACACCACCGCCGCCGUCUACUUCAUCACCGUUCAAGCCCGCAAUACCUGCUGAGAGCCUGGUCCACAACCCAUCUUUAUCUAACUCAGUUGACGAUUCCGCUUCGUACACGGGACCUUAUAUUCAUUUGGCGGCGUUGAAUAAUCCGAUGCCGGGCAAUAUGUACGGCGGAGUGCGGAGUGCCGAUUACGCCUGCUACCGACAGGCGCGCAGGGCCGGACUCAGGGGCACGUAUAGGGCGUUCAUCACAAACAGAAUCCAAAACCUAGACUCAAUAGUGCGCCCGUCGGAUCGCCAUCUUCCUGUCUUGAACAUGCAAGGGGAAGUCCUGUUCAAGUCGUUCUCGGACAUCUUCGACGGCAACGGGGGGCUGAUGGGGGGAUCCCCCAGGAUAUUCAGUUUCAACGGCAAGAAUAUCAUGACUGAUUCGCAUUGGCCUCAGAAAAUAAUUUGGCACGGAGCACACGCGAGCGGGGAGCGGGCGUUUGAUGCUUUCUGCGAGGAGUGGCAGAGCAGCGACCCCGCCAGCAGGGGAAUGUCUGCAUCACUAUAUUCCCACAAAAUAUUGUCACAGGAACGGCACACUUGCAACAAUCACUUCGCUGUCCUGUGUGUCGAAGCAACAUCAAAUGCUAGCAAAAGAAGUAAAAGAGAAGCAAAAAGGUACAACUCAACGGCGCUAUUAGACGACGAAGACUAUUUAUAUAAUGCUGAAGAAUACCAACAGUUACUAAACGAAAUAUUUGCUCAACCAUUUAGAGAGAAUUAGUCUAACAAGCGUUGUGUACAAUUAAUGAAAUUCAACUUAAAUCUCAGAGCCAGCGCAGAUAAUAUACAAUCUUAGUGUCACAUACAUUAAUCAACAUAAAAAUAAAAACCAAACAGAUAUCUAAGUUUGCAUUAUUAAUCUAAUGCUGACCUAGAUUGGUUGACUUAAAGUUGUAACUCCGGUAUUAUCUUUCUGCAAAAUAAGAAUUUUAACCAAAUCUAACUUUAAAUCUAAGUGAUGUUUAAAAUUUAAAAUGAUUGCUUUUCACAGCUUGCAUAUUUAUGUUCAUCAGUGAGAUAUCAUUUAUUUCUUUAGUUGUUAUUGCAAAAAAGUAAUUACAAAUAAUUAACAAUUGAUUUGUACUACUAUAUAAAAUAUAACUUCUUUCAACAUAUUUAAAAAAGUAAUAUUAGUUAUUAGACUUUAUAUUGAUUAUUAAUUGACCAAGUAAAUUUAUCAGUGCUUCGAUAAUACUUAAUGCUUGAAUUAAUUUAUUUUGCGUUUAUAGAAUAUAUAAAUAAACCUGAAACAAAACUAAUUUUAUAAAAAUAAUAUUUGGUGUUGUCUUGAGAUUCCUAUUAAGUAAGCUGUACGCUUAAGCCAUGAAAAGUUACUAAAUCGUACUAAGUAUAGUCAAAUGUAUAGAUACGUUUUUCGCUAUUUCGUUUUGUACUCAAUUGUAUAUAAUUGAAAAAUAAUAAGUCAUGUUUAUUUUUACUUUUUUAUUUUGGUAUUUAAAAUGUAAGUAAGAUGAAUGAACGAUAAAAUUGUAUAUGUGAAAUUUUCAUACAUAAUUUUGAUCAAAAUUGUAACAAAAAAUAAUUUACUUUUAAGACUGUAUUUUUCAGGUAAAUAAAUUGUAUUGCUAAUAAUGCAGACCCUAGUGGACAUACUUAUAUUUUGGUCCAAUAUGUAUCGACUUAAAAAUGAUUGUAAGUAAUUUGGUAAAAUCAUAAGUAACAUUGAAUUUUUUUUGAAAUCUGUUACGUAAGUAAGCAGUGUACAUUGAGAAAUGAAUUUAAAAAAAAAACAUCCAUAUGUACGCAUUAGAAAUAAUCAAAAUAUCUUUGACUUUGUAGAUACGUUUAUUUUAACUUGGAAGAAAAGAAAGCUGCGGAGUGUAAUAAAAAUGAAAAGCACGCAGUUAGUAAUAUUUAUUUUUAUGUGAAUGACACACAAAUCAAUGCAAUAAUAAUGCAAUGUAAGGUACUUCACUUCGUACGUAUAUUACAUAUUUUAUUAGAUAAUUAAUUAAUAUAAUAAUUUAAAUGUAUAUAUUCGUUAUUAUUAAUUUCAUAUGUUGUAAUAAUUUUAAUUUCAGAAAAACAUAUUGAAUACUUUGUGGUCUGAUUCAUUUACUAUUGUAUUAAGUUUGGAAAUUGUAAUUUUAGCCAAGUUAUUAAAAUAUUUUUUAAGAAAUUAAAAAGUUAAUUGCUAAGCAAUUAGUAAUAAAUUUGUAAAGUAUUAAUAUGACACACAUGUUUAUAUUGUGCCAUUUAGUUACACAAAAAAUAUAUUUAUUUCUUUUACAUAUGCAAUUAUUUACUUAUUACCAUAUUAUUAUAAGUUUAAUAAGGCUAGUCGUGAUUUUUACUGUCAAAUUGCUUUUAUAGUCAUUUGACUAAUGUGUUCGUUACGUCUUUGAAUAUGAAGUGAAUAAAAAUAACAAUGUUAUAAUAAAAAGGAAAAUAAUCCUAAUCGGAGAUCACAUUUAAUAAAGAAUUACAUAACACAUGUGCACUUGUAAAAUUAUUUAAAAAAAUCAGGAAAACGAAUACAUUUUUAUUUAGGUAUUAUAUUUGCAAUGACUUCUGCGUUAGUUUGUCUAUGAACUGCCACUAGUAGAUCAUUAGAAAUAGUCAUCUAAUAAUAAGUUACUGUGAUUUUAAAACCAGUAAAGCAGAUAUAUGAUUGACAAUGACAUACCAUAAGCAUUUAUGAAUGUAUUAUUAUAAGUGCUUCGCAUCGAAUAAGUAAUGAUGUUAAAAUGGCUGACUGUGUUUAUACAAUGGUAUAAUAAUUUAAAUAAAUGU